AUGGACCAAAUUUACUACAUCGGCCGCCCCGGGGAUUGUCAACCGGACCCUUCAGAAAGCGUGAAGUUGAGGCUGGUGAACGGGGGCAGUCCAUGCGCCGGGAGAGUGGAGGUUCACUACAAGGGGAACUGGGGGACUGUGUAUGAUCGCGGCUGGGACCUGCAGGACGCGGCGGUGGUGUGUCGGGAGCUGGGCUGCGGCGCCGCCACGGGAGCCCCGGGCGGAUCUCACUUUGGACCGGGGUCCGGAGCCGUUGUGACGUAUGAUGUUGAGUGCAGCGGGAGCGAGGCCGCUCUGCGGGAGUGUAAAUCACCGUCAUGGGGGGACUAUGACGCUCCACACUCCCGGGAUGCCGGCGUUAUCUGCGAAGGUAAACAUCAGCUUUUUCUCUCUUUGCUCCGCAGUUUGGUGAUUUCCGGGAUGCCCUGGAUAGAGCCAAGAUUGGUAUCCAAAGAUGAUCAGUGCUCGGGAAGACUGGAAGUGCAGUAUGGUGAAACCUGGGGAACCGUGUGUGACCGGGCCUGGGAUAUGGAUGAUGCCAAUGUGGUGUGCAGUCAGCUUCAUUGUGGAGUCGCCGUGUCUGUUCCGAGAGGAGCUUAUUUUGGAAAGGGAACUGGCCUUGUACGGAACGAUUUAUUUGAAUGUAAGGAAAGCGUGAAGUUGAGGCUGGUGAACGGGGGCAGUCCAUGCGCCGGGAGAGUGGAGGUUAUCAACAAGGGGAACUGGGGGACUGUGUAUGAUGGCGGUUGGGACCUGCAGGACGCGGCGGUGGUGUGUCGGGAGCUGGGCUGCGGCGCCGCCACGGGAGCCCCGGGCAGAGCUCACUUUGGACCGGGGUCCGGACCCGUUGUGACGUAUGAUGUUGAAUGCAGCGGGAGCGAGGCCGCUCUGCGGGAGUGUAGAUCACGGCCAUGGGGGGACUAUGACGCUCCACACUCCCGGGAUGCCGGCGUUAUCUGCGAAGAAAGCGUGAAGUUGAGGCUGGUGAACGGGGGCAGUCCAUGCGCCGGGAGAGUGGAGGUUCACUACAAGGGGAACUGGGGAACUGUGUAUGAUGGCGGCUGGGACCUGCAGGACGCGGCGGUGGUGUGUCUGGAUCUGGGCUGCGGCGCCGCCACGGGAGCC